AUGCCAACUGUCUCUGCUGUCAAUCUCACGGCACAACUCCUCCUGCUGUUGCUAUGGGCAACCCACCCGACCAUGGCAACCAACUGGCUCUCCCUGGCGAGGAUGCCGCGCUCGCGGCCCGUGUCGGGUGCUGCCCCCUGUGGGCGGCUGAGGGGACUGUCCGUGGGGCAGGUGGGGGUGUGCAGGGCGCGGGGAGAAGUCAUGGAGUCUGUGCGCAAGGCAGCCGAGAUGGUCAUAGAGGAGUGCCAGCACCAGUUUCGUAAUCGGCGUUGGAACUGCUCCACCACCCCGCGUGGAGUCAACGUGUUCGGUAGAGUCAUGAGCCAAGGCACCCGUGAGGCGGCCUUUGUGCACGCCCUGUCCUCGGCGGCGGUAGCGGUUGCAGUAACGCGAGGCUGCAGCCGGGGGGAGCUAGAGCGGUGUGGCUGCGACAGGAAGGUCAGAGGGGUCAGUCCCGAGGGUUUCCAGUGGUCUGGGUGCAGUGAUAACCUUUCCUAUGGUGUGGCCUUCUCCCAGACCUUCGUGGAUGAGACGGAGCGUGCCAAGGGGAUGUCGGCAGGGCGACCCCUCAUGAAUGUCCAUAACAACGAGGCUGGACGGAAGGCUAUCCUCCAUAACAUGCAGGUGGAGUGUAAGUGUCAUGGUGUCUCGGGAUCCUGUGAGCUGAGGACCUGCUGGAAAGUCAUGCCCCCAUUUCGGCGCGUCGGCGCCGUGCUGAAGGAACGCUUUGAUGGAGCCACAGAGGUGCGUCUGUCCCGUAUCGGCUCCAGGACAGCCCUGCUGCCCCGGGACCCCCAGGUAAAACCUCCCGCCGCCAGGGACCUGGUGUACCUCGCUGUCUCUCCAGACUUCUGCCGUCUCGACCCCGACAAUGGGAUCCCCGGGACGGCCGGCCGACGCUGUAACGGCACCUCCCGUCUGGCCCCAGAUGGCUGUGAGCUGGUGUGUUGUGGGCCAGGGUACCGGGCAGGCCGGGCCGAGGUGGUGCAGCGCUGCUCCUGUAAGUUCUCCUGGUGCUGCUCGGUCCGCUGCCAGCAGUGCAAGAACACAGUGAUGAUCCACACCUGCCGAGAGUGA